UUAUAAUAAAUAGUAUUUGAAGCUACUUUUCAUACUGUGUGGCGUUAUUUAAACAUUGAGAAAUUACCAGAAAGUGAUGAAAGAUUAAGACAAUAAACUUCAAAUCAUUCCUGUGAAAAUAUUUUCUCUGCUUACGAGCAACAUCGUAGAUUCUUGUCAUCUUCUUAGUUCUCUUAUUCAUUUGGUCAAGUAAAUUGAUAUUGUCAAAUUGAGUGUCAGGUUACUGGCAUAAUACCUAAUAAAUGCAAUAAAAUUUGCUAAAUAAUUUAAACAACUUCCUAAAUUCGCAUCGAAUAUCUUUUUCAUUUGGUAAUUUAACUGAUCAUAAAAAUUCAAAUUCAAAUAAAGUUCAGUUAAUUUUGAGUGUGGCAACACUAAAGUACGGUGGCAUAAGAAAUUUUGCUAGAAUUUAUCAAAAGUAGUUGAUCGAGUGAACUAAAAUUUAAGAUAAAAGCAUUGUGUCGUAAAUAAUUUAAUCAAGAAGCGGUAGAUUCUCUUAUUUCUACUAUAAUUAUUGAUAUAAGAUAUCAGAAAAGUGUAAAAACGUAAAGUUAAAAUGGUUUUAAGUACAGAAAUAAGAGAAACAAAUCGAAAUGGAAAAAGAUCCCGAGGCUCAUCGCCAAGUGCUAGCAGUAUCAACAAUACCAACAGUAAAGCGCUAGCAAGCAACCCAGGAGAAGAAAAUCUAACACCAGAUACGUCUGAUGAUGAUUGCUUUUCAAAGAAAAAUCUCGGUAAACCUAAGAACGGAAAAAGUGAAUUUGAAGAAAAAAUUCGCGUGGGAAAAGAUUAUCAAGUAAUUGUCCAAGAAAGGGGUAAAAUACCUGACGUUUACCCUGACAAAGCUCUUUUGGUUUGGUCGCCAGCUCAAGAAAUCCCUGACGGUAAACUUGACGAGUACAUCACAUUAGCAAGAGAGCGUUAUGGUUACAACUCCGAACAAGCUUUGGGAAUGCUUUUCUGGCAUAAACACGAUCUUGAGAAAGCUGUCAUUGAUCUAGCAAAUUUUACGCCGUUUCCAGAUGAGUGGACGAAAGAAGACAAAGUUUUGUUUGAACAAGCAUUUCAAUUUCAUGGAAAAUGUUUUCAUCGAAUCCGUCAAAUGCUCCCCGAUAAAUCAAUUGCAAGUCUGGUAAAAUUUUAUUAUUCAUGGAAGAAAACCAGAAGCCGUGCAAGCGCGGCUGAACGCCAAGAAAAGAAAAAGAAUGAAGGAGGCUCGGAAAAUGGAAGCGAAAAUGGAAGUCCUGAAGAUUCUGAUGUUGAAGAGAAGGUUGACUCUGAUGAUGAUGCUGCACAGGUGAAAGAUGCGGAAAUGAUUGGAAAUAUUGACGAAAUAAUUGGAGUCAAUUCUAGUAUAAAGAAAGAUAACGACGAAGUGACAAAAACCCCAGGAAAAACAAGUAUCAUGACAACAAGCACUGGAAAAACUUUGAAAAGAAAACAUGAUGACGACUUGGUGAAAAUUAAUGACGAUAUUUGCAUCAUCACUGAAGAUAAAAUCCCAGAAAAAAAAUUUGCAGCUGAAACAAAAUCGGAAAUUACAAUCACGCCAAUUCCAAAAGUUUCCGACGACAAAACUAAUGGAAAGGUUACAGAAGCCACAGUCGGAACCGUGGCUUAAGAAGUCUCAUUGAAGAAUAUUCUUCUGAUUAUUUAACAAGACUCUCAUCACACUUCAAUUUUAAAACGAAUAAGAUUUUAACUUGAAUUUUGAGUUAUUUGCGUAUAAUGAUAAAUUUAUUCAUAUUAAAUAUAAAUUCACGCUCUUCAUUCAUUUGUUAUUCUUGAAUAAAGGCUAAUAAAAUUUAUUUUAGAAAAUUAAUUAAAUUA